AUGUCAUUACAAAGUUGGCUCUCACCCUCUCUUAAGACUAGUUCGAAACGUCCAUUGGAAAUAUUGGUAAACGAUACGAAUCAGUCUAGCCCUAGUCAUAGUUCACCCAAGAAAAGGAAGUUUAGUAAAGAGCUUUCUCAAACGGCCUUUAACUGGUACGUUUUGGAUACAGAUAAAUCCAAAUGGUUUUGUAAAGUAUGUAGGGAAGCUAAGAAUGAUACAGCAUAUGCCAGGGAACAUGAAAUACCAUCUAAAACUACAAACCAUGCAAGACAUGCUGCCUCUCAAGCCCAUUUAACAGCUGUCACUAGGAGUAAAUUGAAAGAUCUUCGACCAUUCCAGACCAUUGUAGCUAAACAAUUAGAUGCUGAAGAACAGAACAUGCUUGGUAACUUCUAUAUUAUUGCAUAUCAUCUUGCCAAAAGGGAACUACCUAAGAGUGAAUUUGCCUACCAGAAUUGUUACAUAUGUUUGAACACCAUAGAAACGAGUUUUCAUCAUAUACAAGUCACCAAAGUGUCACAGAAUUUCAAAGUGCUAUUUCAAGUGUAA